AUGACCCAGUCAGGUGGGCCUGUGCGCAUCUCGCUGCGCGCGACCGCUCAUCGCCCCUUCAUCCUCGGGCACCCCGGCAUCGCUCCCGCCGAGAACCGCGACGGCGCAACUGUCCAGGGCACCGUCGAAGUCCGCACCGUCACCCAACCUGUUAAGGCCAAGUGGGUCCGCGUCGAGGUUCGCAAGUAUGAGACAGUGAAGGGCGGUCCCACGCCGCCCAAGGGCACACCGGCCUACACCCACGUCGGCAAGGUGCACCUGCUCUGGAAGGCCGGCGAGGGCAAGGAGUAUGAGGUUGUGCCGAACCGCGACUUCCGCUUCGUUAUCCCGCUGCCGCUCGAGGACCUUCCGCCGUCGCUCGACAACAAGCGCGCCACGAUCAGCUACGAGCUUGUCGCCAGCAUCUGCUACAAGCAAAAGGGCGGCCUGUUCCGCAAGUCGUCCCCGACCCAGACGACUGCUUCGGAGCACCUGCGCAUCAUCCGCUACGACCUCAUGUCCGCCUGGCCCAAGUACCAGGCGUCGACGCAGCAAGUCGCACAGUCGCAGGACGGCAGCGUCAACCUCGUCGUCGAGCGCCCGCAGCAGGCGUUCGGACCCGGCGACUCUGUCUUCCUCAUGACGCUCCUCAGGUCGAACAGCCCGCAGCCCUUCACGUUCCAGGCCCUCGACGUCUCGCUCGUGGAAAUGUUCACGUUCGUUCCGAAAGAGGACACCAAGUCGACCAAGAAGUCUAAGAAGCCUCUUGGUCAGCCGACGACCAAGACCGAGGUCGUCACCUCGAAGCGCUUCACUAUCAACCAGACCAUGCGCCCCGGAGAAGAAAAGGCUUUUAAGGGAAGCCUUGUCGUACCGGUGCCGACGGCCAACGAGGCCAUGCUGACGGUCCGCGGAGCCAAGACGCUCGGCAUCGAGUACAAGAUUGUCGUGCAGGCCAUCUGCGACAAUGGCAACAUUGUUGUUGAGCAGCCCUGCGAUGUCUGCGCAUUUGGAAAGCAAGCGGCAACGCAGGAUCUCGGAUACGUCGCCGGCCUCUCCGAGAGCCAGCGCGGCAUGGGACCUCUGAACUCUCUCUCAGGACAAAUGUUCAAGUCGAGCCCGCAGCUGUCCGACCCCUCGUCCUCAGCGACGUCGCUGAGCAACAAGAUGCAGAACGGUGCCCAGCCUCCGACACCGUACCACGCAAGUGCGCCGCAUGCGGCUGGCCCCAGCCAGCCCGCCAGCGGCCCCAUGGGGGGCCGCCUCGGUGCUGCCGCGAACACGAUUACGGGUCUGUUCCCGCGCCGCUCAUCCUCGACGACGACGAGCACAACAACGACCUCGGACUGGGGACCCGCCCCGAGCGACCGUCAGUUCACAACGAUGCCGACGCCGAAUCCCGCUAGCAGGAGUAACACGGCCUCGCCGCCCGCUGUCGAGUCGCUCCGUGACAAACCGCUGCCUGGCGGCCUCACGCACAGCAAGUCGAACAAGUGGCGUCCUACCGAUGGUGCCAUCUCCGAGUCACCCACGGCGACUGGACAGCAAAACGCUGUCGCAUCAGGAUCCGGCACAGCAACCCCGACGCCCGCGAACCCCGGUGUGCCUGUCGGCGCACCGCCCGGAUACGCGCACGCUGGCGCAAACGGCAGCGCCGCGCCUGGUCAGUUUGCCUCGGCUGCGCAGGAGAAGGACAUUCAGCGACAGCGUUACGAAGAAGCCCAGAACCGUGUUGGUGGCUCGUCACAUGCCGGGGGCAGCUCGUCCUAUGCUGCUCCUGCCGCUGCGGCCGCCGUCGUGGGUGUUGCUGGCGCUGGCGCUGCAGCCGCCAUGAGCCACACGCCUCCUCCCUCGCACCCCAACGCUGCCAAUGGCCAAUACCCGUCCGCGGGCCAGGAGAAAGAUCGCCUGCGCUACGAGGCGGCCGUUGCGAACCGUGACGCUGCGCAGGGCGCUCCCGCUGGAUCGUCUGCACCGCCGCCAGCGCCCGACGAGGCCCCGAUUUCAUACGAGGAGCUCUUCGGCAACGGGACUGCUGCUGGUCCCUCCUCGUCUGCUGCUGCGGGAUCGAGCUCGCGCCCCGGUCCCCCGCCGGGAGGCCAGCCCUCGGCCGUCGCCGAGCCGUACAUGUCGGCCGCGCAGGAGAAGGAGAUGAUGCGCAAGCGGUACGAAGAUGCGACGAACCGCGUGACCCGCGCGACGGGCGUGCCGCUUGCGACGUCGCCGAGCCCGCCUGCUUCGAAUGCAGGUCACAACCGCAUGCCGAGCCAGACGCCGCAGCAGACACCCAACCAGACCCCGCAGAAGGCAUACAUGUCCGCCGCCGAGGAGAAGGAAAUGAUGCGCCGGCGCUACGAAGAGGCGACGAACAAGGUUGCCCGCGCGACGGGUGUCGGCUCGGGCUCCAGCUCGGACCGCGCCCAGUCCCCGCCCAUGACGCAGUCUCCGCCCGCGGCCCAGUCGCCCGAGCAGAAACUCUACAUGUCAGCGGCCGAGGAGAAGGAGAUGAUGCGAAGGAGGUAUGAGGAGGCGACGAACCGCGUCGCGUCCGCCACUGGCUCUCCUGCGGCCGCGGCCGUGGCCAGCGGCUCGGGUGCUCGUGCUGGAACCGCUUCGCCGACGCCGCAGCGCGAAAACUCGGUCCCCGCGGCGUACAUGAGCGCGGCGGAGGAGAAGGAGAUGAUGCGCCGGCGGUACGAGGAAGCGACGCGGCGCGUGGCGAGCUCGACUUGUGCGCCCGAUGUGGCAAGCGGGAGCAAUGGCAGCAACGGCACAGCGCAGCCUGUGCGACAGCAGUCGGCCGGCUCGCCGCCGCCGGCCAACGUACCUGCCGCCUACAUGUCAGCCGCAGAGGAGAAGGAGAUGAUGCGCCGGCGAUACGAGGAGGCGACUAACCGCGUCGCGCGCGCCACCUCGCCCUCAGGCAGUGUGCCGAGCGCCGCGCCUCCGGCCUUCGAGGAUGUGGUUGGUACGCCUCCCGCCCAGUUCAGCUCCACGCCGGCCGCGUACAUGACCGCAGCGCAGGAGAAGGAGAUGAUGAGGCAGCGAUUCGAGGAGGCGCAGGGCCGUGUCGCUAGCGGCUCUGGCGGCUCUGGCUCCCAGCGUGCCGUGGACCCACGCCAGGCGCCCCCGAUCCAGAUUCCUGGUAACUCGCCGCCUCGCGCGCAGGCGUCGCAGUCUCAGGCCAAACCGUACAUGUCCGCCGAGGAGGAGAAGGAAAUGAUGCGAAGGCGAUACGAAGAGGCCACAACGCGUGUCGCCCGGGCGACGGGUUCCGUGUCCCCUCCUCCCGGCCCCUCGGCCUCUUCUGGCGUCAGUGCGCCGACAUCCUACGAGGAUGCGAUCCGCACGCCGCGCGAUCUCGAGUCGCCCGAACCCGAGCCGGGAGUCUCCACGCUUCCGCCGCAACUCCCGCCCAUCAGUCUGCUGGGCGACAUGCCGACGUCGCCCCUCGCCACGAUUAAUGGACGAUACUCGUUCCUCGGCACUGCAUCUCAGCCGCUCGAGUCGACGCCUACCAAAGCCAGGCCGCUCACGCAUCUCCCCACUGGUCCGGCUCCGCCCGUCCCCACCAGGCCGCCGCAAGACUACAUCGACAAUCUCGUUUAG